UAUAAAACCCCGUAGGAGUGAAAGGAAUGCGUUGUGGGCCUCUGAGAGCGGAGCUAAUUAUCCUAUUUGCUCGUGCCUAAAUAUACGGUGUGAGAGGAAGAAGAAGAGGAAGAAGAAAAGGAAGAGAGAGAGAGAGAGAGAGAGAGAGAGAGAGAGAGAGAGAGAGAGAGAAGUCGCCUCAUCGAGAUCUCUUUCCUCAGUGUACAUGCCAUCUCCCUCAGGGGCAAAACGCACCAUUAAGAUGCGUCUAAGAUGAGUGUCGAAAGUGCAACGUGGCUCCGAUGGCUUCCCCUUCUUCAAGCAGGAAAUAAAAGGACUUCGCAUUCUGCUUUCGGUUUUCUGAUCGCUCUCAGCUUUCCGGAAGGCAGGCGUGGCCAAGCCUCGUUGUGGUGGUGGUACCUACAUAGUACUGUAGUGGGCAACGCGCAUUUUAUUGAUUAAAUCUUUCUUGUUUUCUUUCCAAAGGAGGACUUUCAAAAUGAACUUGCUUCAGCGGUGUUUACGAAAGGCGCUUCUGGUUUGCUUUGUUGCAGGUUGGUCCUUCUGUCAAGACGAUCAGUCCAUCAGAAACGUCUCUGUGCCCUUCGGGAGUGACGUCAAUUUAACCUGCACUGCCCAUGAGACUGAAGGGCAUUGGGUGAGAUGGGACAGGACAGACAACGGAUACAUCAUCGCGAUCGAGACCCACGUCAUCGUGGAGGAUCCGAGGAUCUCGGUGGAUCUCGUGGACAACGCGACCUGGAUACUCCAGAUCCAGGGGGUGCAGGCCCAGGACCGGGGACCCUACCGGUGCACCGUCAACACAACGCCCAUCGCCACCCAGACGAUCUACUUAGAAGUGCUAGAAGUUCCGGUCGCGCCCAGCAUCGUGGUGUCACCGGCCAACGCCACGGUGCAAGAAAGGUCAACCAUCUCCCUGACCUGCUACGCCACGGGCUACCCAAAACCUACUGUGACCUGGACCAGGGAGGACGGCGAGCCGAUUCAUCAGUGGAUUAAUCAUACCUUACCAUUUCCCAUUGGAAAGCAAGAUACGCGAUGGGACUCCCACUCCGUGAAGUCCUACGAGGGAGAGACCCUGAGGCUGGCCAGGAUCUCACGAAGGGAUGCAGGGUCCUACACGUGCUCUGCUAACAAUUCGGUGGGUCCCGCAGACAACGAAACCAUUUACCUCACGGUCGUCUACCCUCCAGCACUCAUCUCAGUGUCGGGGCCGAAGAAGGCGAAGGUCGGGGAGGACGUGACGUUCUUCUGCAAGGCGAAGGACUCGAACCCGGCCGCCGACAUCUCCUGGAUGAUCGAGGGGAAGCCGCGCCAUGCCGUCGUCCCGACCGUCAGGAAGUCUGGGAGCACGGGCUACAACACCAUCAGCAAACUGUCGUUCACGGUGCCCGCGGUAACCAGUGGGGUGAUGAUGUUGACGUGCGUCGCCGUGAAUAAGGAAAUUGGGACGAAGGAGGUCGACACCUAUAUACUGCAUAUCAUGGAAGCAGACAAAACCGUCGUCAAGGAUUCGGACGUGCGGCAUCCGAACGAGGUGUCAAGAGGUCGGCAGAUGGUACCCGCCAUGAUCGGGGCCGACAUCAACCCGAAGAGAGGUCGCGAGAACUCGGUCUAUCCGCCAAGGCGCAAAGAUCACACGCCGGCGAGGUCCGCUUAUUACAACAUGCUGGCGUUCCUCCGCUUCUUCGGUCUACUCAUGCACUUCCACUGAUGGCUAUUGGGCGGCCCCUUGUUUGGCAGUGAAGUGAGCGAGGUUAUCGCAGUCCUCUGUCGAUAUCCUACUUGGAUAUCAGGUGAAAA